AUGUCAGAUGACAUCUCUAUUAAACAGUGGUGGCCGAACUAUCCUCAUCCAGUUCAGAGGUACUUGACAUGGAGGGACAAAAAUACCCCAGCUCUAAUGUAUAACGAUGUAGAGAUUAGAAAAAACUAUUCAAAACAAUUUGAAAAAUCUGAAACGGAAAGAAAUAAAUCGCUUAAUGAGUGCAGUAUAGAAGAAGGUGAUCAGAAUUACAAAGCUAAGUUGAGACCGAGGAAAAAAUACAGAAAGAAUAAACAUUCGGUCAAACAUAUUUGCGAAACUGAAGUUCCGAUUCAAAAAAAGGAAAAAGACGAAAUGAGACCUUACAAGAAACGUUCUUUUUACGCUGAACUGAAGAAUAAAGACUGUUCUUUGGACAAUAAUGAAGAAAAUACAGAAAAACAGAAAGGUAACCUUUCCCCAAACGAAGAAAACGACAAGGAAAAAGAAGGUGUGCCUCGCGGAAGAAAAAGAUGGAAAAGGAAAAUUUCCCGAAAACAAUUUCGACAUCACGAUAUCAAACUGUUCACACCUGGAGAAUAUAAAACUUCUACUUUACUGAAACAAAAAGACGUUAACAACACUGAACAAAAUAAAUUAGAUAAUAUUCAGAAAGAAACGAUCACAGAUUCCAUUGUGACAUCUUUAGGUGGCCAGAAACAACAUCAGGUUCCUGUAGAUGUUAAGAUAUCGAGUCAUUUCAGAGUAGCGGAUCUGAUCGAACCAACAGCAUGUUUAAAACAAAAACAUGAGGAAAACAACAACACCCGCAGUGUUCAGAAUAACAAUAGUAAUAAUAUUAAUGUAGGAAAGCAUCAUUUACCCGCGAUUAUAAUGGAAAAUCCGAUAGUAAAUAGAAGAAUGACUGAUAAUAAUGUACCCAAAAAUUCUUGCAAUGGGCUCGAUGAAUAUUCAUUCAGAAAAUCUUUUACAGAAUCUACACCUAUUCAAAAUCAUGCGACGCCAACAGUGCCACUUAUUCAGAAGCCAACCUAUUUUGAGGAACGACAGUUUAUGUGGCAAAAAAUUGGCUUAAGCAGUCACCUAAACAAAGCUAGCCCGGUUGUUCAGACAACACAAUCGCAACAGAUAAAUAAUUAUUUUAAGGAUACGAACAAUGAGGCUGCAAAACUUUGUGAAUCUAUAGAAACGACAACAAUUGAUGAACCAGAAGAUUUAUCAGUAAAGCAACCAGUCGAUUUGAGUAAAAAGAAGUUAGAAAUUCAAAAUAAAGAAGUAAAAUAUAAAGACUAUGAAAUAAGUAAAUUGGAUAAUUUAAAAAUUCAUUUAUCUCGUAGAAAAAGUAAAUCAAAUGACGAACGAGACAAUAUUCAACCAAGAUUUCAAAGCCAUCCCUCUUCACCUAUACAGAAAUCGUCGAUUUCUCCCUCGAUAGUUAACAUUUCGCAAUCUCACAAGAGCGAAUCAGGAUCGAUUCAACAUAAUCAAUCGAAUGACAUUGGAGUUCGUGUCCUGCCUGUAUCACUUGGUCAUCUCAGUCCGCCGAUUCAUCCGCACAGCCCGACUUAUCAACAAAUCGAUCAAGUCAACCGGAUCAUUUCCAUGUUGAGUGGAAUCAGGUCGUACAUGACCUUACCAGUUCCAAACGAGCUCUUAAAACAUGUCGAUUCCAUUACGACGCAGUUGAGAAUGAUUAUAGACGACGAUAACGUUCCUCAGAAUUUAAAAACGGAAGCUCAGAGGUUGAUGUCGACCUUGGAAGAUGUAGUUUUUCGAAAUAAAGAGUUGAACUUGGUGACGCCUUCGAUGGACCUUCCUAAUGUUGCAUCUCACGAUUUCGGUUUGGAGAAAGAAAGACAAUACGACGCAGCGUAUCCGUAUAAUCCAUAUCCCCUUCAAGCCUAUCAAAAAUUGCCCCCUCAUGUGCAGUUUUCGACACCUGUUGACCAGCUGUUAAACAGGCCUAGAAGUAAAUCGCAUCGAUCUGAGAAGAAACAUCACAGACAUAUGAUAAAAAGAACGAUGUCCAAUCCGCAGGCGGGAUCCAGAAAAGAAGACAUUACUUGGGAUCAAUCCACUCUCGUCAGUCCCAUAAUUGAGAGAUUACAGCCAGCAAUGUACUCGCCACCUGCACCAAUCGAACGAACUUCUCCAGAUUACCCUGACGUAUUCUACCAAAAACUACAACAGCAUAUAUCCAAUGGAUACACGUUGCCUAUCAGUGUGCAUCCUGGAAUGAUAUCUAGAAAAGGCACUGGACCUACUAAGCAUAGUUUACCAAAUAGCAACCCUCUAAGUCCACAGGCGAAGAAAAUUCACCAUUCCCGUGAAGAAAUAUCUAUACGCAUGACCGAAAAUAACAACGAAAAAAAAUCUCAAGUUUCUAAUCACAUGGAACCUCAGCGCCUAUCUCAAUCACCGGAAGUGAUUCCAAUAACCUUACCUCCAUUACCAAAACGACCCGCCGUAAUUGUGGAAGAUAAUUCCAUGGAAAUAACGAAAGAAACAACUAACAAACCUCUAAAGAAUUCACCUUCAAUAACCACCAUAUUGAGAACCACCGGCGAUCGAAUUAGUUCAAGCCCGGAAAUAGAGUUUACAAAUGGCAAAGAAAAGGGUCAGGAUGAGAACAAUACAGAAUUUUUAGUGUGGAUGGAAAAACUAAAGAAAGAUGAGAACCUGAAGAGCAAAUUCUUGACUCAAAUGGGUAUAUUGAAAAGACCGAUUAAGCAAGAGAGUACAAUAGAGAUUAUGGAUAGUGAUGAAGAAACACAUCCCCAGGAACCAAAAACCAAACCAGUUCAAAACGACGCACACAUACCGAAAUGUCCAACGCUGCCACCUCUACUCCCCAUUUUGGCACAAGGUACAACUAUAACCCCACAAGUAACUAGCAGUAUUCAACCCAAUGCGAAUGGUAUAAAAUACUCCCUAUCGUCUUCAAUUCCGAAUGAAGCUCAAUGCAAACAAUUGGGAAAAAAAUCAAAUACGUUGAUAUCCGAAUCCUCAAAGAUACAACCAAUCAAGUUAGGAUUUGCUCCGUCACCGCAAAGAUCACCCGAUAAGGCCAUUUACUCCCCUCAAAUUGAACCUAUUUCCCCUGUAGGAAAUGGUUCAGGAUUCGUAUUUCCCGAUACAAUACAGUCUAAAGCAGACAAAGCUGUAACAUCUCCCACUUAUGUGCAAAAGUUCAAAUCUUCGAACACAUAUGGUCAGUAUAAAAACCCCACUUCGCCUAGAAUGGCAUCGUACCCUCGUGAAGCGGGUACGGAGCGAAGGAAGUCUAUGGAUCGUCCACAAGCACCGGGCAGUCCACCUAGAAUAGCUCCUCACGGUAAACUAUGUUAUAUACGGGACAACCACAUGUUUAUCCGUUAUUUCGAUGACACUCAAGUAGAGCUGUUCAUCAGCAACCUAUCACUUCAAGACGACGAAUUAUUAAAAACUACCGGUCUGGAUCCCGAUCAAUUUAAACACUCUCUUCCGUUCUCAAAGAGGAAACAUUCUUCGGACCAACCUCUAAGUGGAACAGAGAUGAUACGCUUACCGGAACACGUGGAGUUCAGUAGAAGGGAGGAUUUGCGAGAGGUGGAGGAAUUUGUGAACGAGAGCAAUUUGGUGGAACAGUAUGUGCCUAGGGACUUCGCAGACUUCUACAGAUACGUUACAGGCUUUCAAAUAAUUAAGAAAAAAGCGCCAGUGUCUCUACAGACAUUUUUGGCCAUGUAUAAUACGAACAGAACCACGGAGCUGUUACGUAAAUACCUUCAAAGGACGGAUGUAGACACGCCCAUGUCUGGUGUUAGAUAGACACGUUUAAUUUGAGUUCAAGUAUUACAUUAAGUUUUUUUUUACUUUUUUAAUAAAAACCCAUUUAAA